UGUCUUUGAAGUUUGAUAUUGCGGUUUCACUUCCAAAGAGCUGUACAUUUUUUAUCUUCGCUACUCACACCCGUUAGUAGAGGUCAUCACACCUUUUUAAUUCUUCUAUAAUUUUGUCGUUAUUAAGAUAUUCAAUAUAAGCUUUUAUAUUGAACUUGAAAAUUUUGAAUUUAAAACAACAAUUAAGGAAAAUCAUACCAAUAUAAACAAAGUCGUCUCACUGAUGUCAGAUCAUAAGAAUGGACCACCGCAGAAGCGAACUAAAAUGGAUCCAACUAUUGGUAACAGUAAUUGGAUGGUCUAUCAUGGUGGUGGCGGUGGGCUAGCAAGAUCAGGCACAGGUCUUGGUGUCAAUGUCGUCGGUGAAUCCAAUAUAUCCUCUACUCAAGCUCCUGUACAAGGUGGACCACAAAUGAAUGGCGUAAGCGACGAUAACACAGGAGUAAACCAAGGGGGUGGUGGCAUUAUAGGAGCUCGAAAUUAUAACUCAUUUAGUGGUGGUGCAACCAUUUCACAGGGCGGUUAUGGCAGCGCAAGUAAUAAUGCUGGUACUGAAGAAAGAAACUGGCGUGAAAUGGUGACUGCUGAUCAACGAAAAUUACUUGUCAACAAGUUUGUACUAGCAAUAAUGCCAAAUCCUGAUCCGUUAACCAGGGCUGAUAGACGUUUUUCCUGUUUGGUUGAUUAUGCUGAAAAAGUUGAGAGAGACUAUUAUGAGGCAGCCAAGUCACGGGAAGAAUAUCACCUUCUACUGGCCGAAAAGAUCUACAAGAUAAAUAAGAAUUUAGAAGAGAAGCGUAUGGAGCGGCAAAUGCAGCAACAGCAACAAGCAGGUGGUGGAGAGCCUGGACAAGCAGGUCAAAAUAUUGUAGGAAUACGUGGUCACUAUCCUGGAGGUACCUUAUUAGCAAAGCAACAACAACUACAGAGAAGUCAGUUUCCACUACAGCAACAAGGCAAUUUAUUUGUUGGUCCUCCAGGGCCUAUUCCAAACUGUGGCAUGAGGGUAAUGCCAACAUCUACAUCAGAAAGUAUAGUCGUACCAAGUUCUGAUUCAUCUCCUUACGGGCCUAGUCCAAACAGUGGCAUGAGGGUAAUGCCAACAUCUACAUCAGAAAGUAUUGUCGUACCAAGCCCUGAUUCUUCUCCUAACGGGCCUAGUCCAAACAGUGGUAUGAGGGUAAUGCCAACAUUUACCUCAGAAAGUAUUGUCGUACCAUGCCCUGAUUCAACUCUUUACGGUAUUCAAGUAAUUCCAGUUAGUCCUAUUCCCGGACAACAACAACAACCUAUCACGACAUAUAAAUGCAAUAUUCGUUAUUAGGCGAAAUGUUGAAUCGAUGGUAUUUUAUUAACUAUACAUAUAACUAUAGCCCAUCCAUAUACUCACUCGGUUUCGAAUUUGAUUACAUUUCAUUUUGCUAACUAAUUUUUACUACCGAAUUACGUAAUAUUGUUCCAAAUAUUUUUUUAUUUUGAAAUACGUAUUGUAUAUAUUUUACAGAUAUAUUUGGCAUUAUCAUGUGGCCUGUAUCAUUUAGGCCAAAAAUAAAAAAAUAAAUAUUUUCAAUUUUC